AUGUCCGACCUUGAUGCCGAUUUCUAUUCUGGGGACGAAGAUGGUGACGAGAAGAUAUCAAUUGAAAUGCAUGAGACUGGGGGUGAAGAAGGCAGUGGCUUUCAUGUCUUCAAUAGCGCAGUAGAUCAAUACCACCGAGCAGAAGUUCUUCAAAGAACAGGGGCUAUUGACAUUACUUGCAGCCUGGAGAAAGUCGUGCAUGGAGCCAUGUCCGCCGACAGCGACCGCUAUGCGAGCCUCAUAAUCAUGCAAUGGUUCUUCCAGCCCAAGGGCUCGAGUCGAAUUUCUGAGGCUACGAUAGAGCUUUUGUUUGAGUCUAAUGACGAUAUCGAGGUUGAGAAGAUUUCGUUCCUUGGCACAUACGACCUGAUGCCAACCAAACAGGAUGAAUCGGUCACCAAGGGCGUUGAUGCUACGAUCGGCAUCCAGCAGUUUGCAAAUCUCAACUUGGGUGGUAAAUGGGAGAAAACCACGGCGACAACAGUUUCGGAUGCAAUUAGGCUGAGCGGCGGAAUGCGAGUCAUCAACAACAGACCCCCAAACCGUAUUGCAACGUGGACUAUCUCUGAAAAUCACUCGCAACCCGCGGGUAUUCCCUCAUCGUUAAAGGUCGCCGUGCUCGUAUCCAGAGAAGAUCAGGAGAAGUUCCUCUGCAGAAUCGCCUUUGCUUGUCAAACGGACCGCAAGACAGCCGCCAAAAGCCUUUUCAAGAAGAUCCCCAAAGAUGACCCCAUCAUCUUCCAGCCAAACCCUCUCGACAAAGGCACGCGUCCGAAUAAGAAUGUGGCAUAUGGCGAUGAACAAUUGGGAAGCGUCGAUCUUGAUGAACUUGGAAAGGUUACGUUUCAGACGCUUAUUCCUUGA